GUACUUCCGGAGCUGCCGCUUUUAGCAGUAGAUAAAUAGAAUGGCGAUAUGAUUGCUGCUUUGAUCGUACGCGUUCGGAACGCUUCUUCUGUUCGAUUGUUUGGAACGCGAGUUCUAUUUUGCUGUUCACGCGGGUAAAACGGGAAUAGCGGCGAAACGGACUCUCAUUAGCAAAUGUAAACAGCUCAAUAUAGAGGUCCGACUGUUUGUUAAUCAGUACCUCGGGACUGCUGUUACGGAUUGAGAAUUGGUAUUGUUAACCCUAUUGGCGGUCAAUACUAGUAUACUCUACAUGAGAAAAUAGUAGAAUAUCCAGAGUUAAGAGUUCACUGAAGAGGAUGGAUCCAUAUGAAGAUUUUGCAGAACAAAGAGAUCUGAUGGAGGUAAAAGAGGAACCUACAAAGCUGAACGAGGAGGAAGAGGAGGAGGAGGAGCCGCCAAGUAUCUAUUACAUCACUGAAGAAAACCCGUCGACUUUAUCGCCAACAGCAACCAAACUUAAAAACUACGUCUGUUCUAUCUGUGAAAAGAGCUUUGCAAGGAAAUACAGAUUAGAUCGGCACGUCCGAACGCACACCGGAGAGAAACCGUUCGCGUGCGUCGAGUGCGCAAAGAGUUUCGCGUGCAAAGAAAAACUCGCCAGACACGCGAAAAUACACACCGGAGAAAAACCGUACACGUGCAGUCUAUGCGGGAAGAGUCUGGCGUGUAAAACGAGAUUAAAGCGACACAUGAACACACACACCGGAGAAAAGCCGCACGUUUGUUUGCAAUGCGGGAAAUGCUUCACGUGUAACGCAAGUCUACAGCGGCACGUCAAACUGCACACCGGAGAGCGUCCGCAUAUAUGUCGUGAGUGCGGGAAGGGCUUCAUACGCAAUGAAAAACUAAUCAGUCACAUGACCAUUCACACCGGAGAGCGGCCUUUUAUUUGCGACGAAUGCGGGAAAAGUUUCCGACACGUCAAUGGACUUCGCGAUCAUCAACUUUCGCACUCCGCCGUCAAAUCCUUUCCGUGCGAUCAAUGCAAUAAAGAGUUUAUCACUCCAUCUGCGCUGAAAAGACACCUCAGGGUUCACUCUGGCGAGAAGCCGUAUUUGUGUACGCUGUGUGGGCGGAGUUUCUCUCGAGUGGAUAUUUUUAAAAGGCAUCAGGAGGUCCAUAUUGGUGUGAAGGAUCACGUCUGCUUCGAAUGCGGGAAGGCGUUUAUUACGUCCGACCAGCUCAAGCAGCACCAGAGGAUUCACAGCGGAGAAAAACCCUACACGUGUUCGGUUUGCGCAAAGAGUUUCACGCAGUCGGCGCAUCUGAAAGUACACGACAGAGUUCACCAUAAGAAAACUGUGCAGCACUGUGAUACGGUGCUCGAAGAGUUUCAGGCGGGCGAGCCGUUUGUUGAUUCAUUUGAACAAGCAUCAUUCGAUGAAUCUAACAUUGUGGAUUUUUCAUGUUCAUGAAAAUUAUGUGUGUAGGCCAAUAUUAUGGAAUUAUAUAUAAAUAUAUAUAUACACAGUGGUCCCUCGUUAUUCGCAGGAGUUACGUUCUAAAAAUAACCUGUGAUAGGCGAAAUUCGCAAAUGAGUCUGCUUUGUUUUACAAUUAUUAUAAAUAGUUUAAGGCUGUAAAACCCCUCACUGCACACGUUGUACACUUUUCUCUCAAAGUUGAAACCUUCAUAGGAAAAUUAGUCCAGUAUUAUAAAAAAAAAACCAAAGAUCAAAACCAUUUCAUCUUCAUUUGUUUAUUACAUAAGCCGGGUAACUUCUACCUUCCUUCUACCUAACUUUUUGUGCGAUGGUUAGCAUCUUGCCUUUUAGGUGCUACCACAGGUGCCUUUGACGGUGCAGAACGUUUAGUCGCUAUUUUGGGAAGAAAUCUUGGUACAGCACUUCAGAGUCACACUGCUAGCUAUCAAAGAUUCAUGUCAAUUUGACGAGCUGAACCCAUUCUGUACUGUACAGGAGACAAUUAUUGACAAUGGUCUACAGCCAAUCAGGACGCAGAACACAAUGCGCUAAUCAGGAUGCAGAUGUGCUGUAGAAAAAAAGCAUGUCAAUGUGCUCAAUAAAAAUCUGCGAGACCGCGUAAA